AGCCGUGUUGGAGCCAAAUCUCUUCCCCAGAGAAGAACCUAGCAGGCAGCAGAGACUAUGGAGCUAGCCUCGGCUCGUCUCCUCAGAGGGCAGAUUCCCUGGAGGGGACUACUGCUCACAGCCUCACUUUUAACCUACUGGAGCCCUCUCACCACUGCCCAAGUCACCGUAGACGCUGUGCCACCCAACGUUGUUGAGGAGAAGAGCGUUCUUUUACUCGCUCACAAUCUGCCGCAGGAGUUCCAAGUCUUUUACUGGUACAAGGGAACCACUUUGAAUCCAGACAGUGAAAUUGCACGAUAUAUAAGAUCCGAUAAUAUGAGUAAAACAGGACCUGCAUACAGCGGCAGAGAGACAAUAUACAGCAAUGGAUCCUUGUUCUUCCAAAAUGUCAACAAGACUGACGAGAGAGCCUACACACUAUCUGUGUUUGAUCAACAAUUUAAUCCUAUACAAACGUCUGUGCAAUUUCGUGUAUACCCCGCAUUACAAAAGCCCAACGUCACAGGUAACAACUCCAAUCCCAUGGAGGGUGAGCCCUUCGUAUCAUUAAUGUGUGAACCGUACACUAACAAUACCAGCUACCUGUGGAGCAGAAAUGGUGAAAGCCUCUCAGAAGGUGACAGGGUGACGUUCUCUGAGGGCAACAGGACUCUCACUUUACUCAACGUCAGGAGGACUGACAAAGGAUACUAUGAGUGUGAAGCCCGGAACCCAGCGACUUUCAAUCGAAGUGACCCAUUCAACCUGGACGUUAUCUAUGGUCCGGACGCCCCAGUUAUAUCCCCUCCAGAUAUUUAUUUGCAUCAAGGGUCAAACCUCAACCUCUCCUGCCAUGCAGACUCUAACCCUCCCGCACAGUACUUUUGGCUUAUCAAUGAGAAGCUCCAGACAUCCUCCCAAGAGCUCUUUAUCUCCAACAUCACUACUAACAAUAGCGGAACCUAUGCCUGCUUCGUCAAUAACACUGUCACUGGCCUCAGUCGCACCACAGUCAAGAACAUUACAGUCUUUGAGCCAGUGACUCAGCCCUCCAUCCAAAUCACCAACACCACAGUCAAAGAACUAGGCUCUGUGACCCUGACCUGCUUCUCAAAGGACACUGGAGUCUCCGUCCGAUGGCUUUUCAAUAGCCAGAGUCUGCAGCUCACAGACAGGAUGACGCUCUCCCAGGACAACAGCACCCUCAGAAUAGACCCUAUUAAGAGAGAAGAUGCCGGGGACUAUCAGUGUGAGAUCUCCAACCCGGUCAGUUUCAGGAUAAGUCACCCAAUCAAGCUGGACGUAAUACCUGAUCCAACACAAGGAAAUUCUGGCCUCUCAGAGGGUGCCAUUGCAGGCAUUGUGAUUGGAUCUGUGGCUGGAGUGGCCCUAAUAGCAGCGCUGGCAUACUUCCUUUAUUCCAGGAAGACUGGCGGGGGAAGUGACCAUCGAGAUCUCACAGAGCACAAACCCUCAACCUCCAGCCACAAUCUGGGUCCUUCUGACGACUCUCCUAACAAGGUGGAUGACGUCUCAUACUCUGUCCUGAACUUCAAUGCCCAGCAAUCCAAACGACCAACUUCAGCCUCUUCAAGCCCCACAGAAACAGUUUAUUCGGUAGUCAAAAAGAAGUGACAUUGUCUGUCCUGCUGACUGCACCAGUGAUGCAUUCCCAGAUUCUCUCCCUCACGGGAGAGUCCCUGCACACACGCGCACGUGCGCGUGCACACACACACACACACACACACACAUGCACACACACACGCACACACGCACGCACACACACACAUGCACACACGCACACACACAUGUAUACACUCUAUUGACUCCUUCCGUGUUAAUAGAAGAAAAGGUGUAUCCUGGAGCCUACAGAAAACCCAACCCUUUCUAGGCAUUAAAAUUUGGCCGAGAGAGAGGAACCAAAACGGCCCACCCCUUCACUUUUCUGUUUUAAAUUGAUGUAUUCUGAGCACAUUCACUCCUCCACCCAACUCCAAGUCCUGCCCUGUCAGAGUCUGACUUGAAUUUCGAUAAACCUCGGAGGUCACCUAAGUGCUUAUGCCAAAAACCACAAAACCAAACAAAGCAAAACAGAAGCAGGAAAUGGCCGAUCCCAUGUCUUAAGGCUGAUGCGAAGCCACCACACAUGAAGAUCAAAGCCAUAGGCAUUCGUUCGCUGGGCAGUCCGCACACCAGCCAACUGUCACAUUUACUGUGACAUUAGAGUCUCUGAACCAUGGGUCUUCACGCCUGAGCCCUUCUCCAGGAAACCCACUCAGAGCAACUAGAGAAACCCCUUGGCAGCAAACACCAGCAAUUGCUAAGCAGGGUGCAGAAGAAAAGACGACAUUUCUCACAUCUACCAGGAUGGCGCCCAGGAAAGCAGGGCUGGCGGUUUUGGACUGAGAGACAUAUGGAAUUUGAAAAGGGAACAGAGAGAUACCCUUUGAGGAGUGUCGAAAUUAUUUUAAAAGAAGCCAUAUUUGGAGGCGUUGGAAUUUUCCUCUUCCUAAGACAAUCCACUAUUUGACAUUUGUAGCUGCUGACUUUCCUUUCGCUGGGCGAGCUGAUCAGUUUGCCUUAGGGCAACUAAAUCUCACGUCUCCCUUGGCCCCCCGCACGCAAGCCCUUUGGAUCGUGAGCUCCAAACCAAAAAUAAAUAAGUGAAUCGUGAGGCGGUCCCUUGCAGAACCACUGUCAUGGGUCAGGCUCCUACUUUUCUGUAUUAGUCAAGAAAAGCCUGAGUUUUCCUUUCUCGUUUUUAUCCUGUCGUUCUGGCCACAGCCCGGACAGUCUUCCUCUGAGAUCUCUAGCUUGUCUACCUUCUUGUGUUUCUUUUAAACUCUCACGAAACUGCUUAACUUCAAAAAGUAAAAUAAUAACUUUCCUCAUCUACACCAGAAAGAGACCCAACUCCGUUUCUGGAAACCUAGGAUCAGCCUCCAGCUGCCCUCUGAACUUUCUGCCUUGUUUCCCCUUUCUUUUGACUCUAAUACCUCAUGCAGUGUCCUACCUGUUAGGAUGACAGCACAGGCCACUAGGCCUGGCCACCCGUACAUUCUGUCUGCCCUGCACUCUCAGGAAACCUUGGCCUCUGUCUGUUUGGUUCAUGUGAAGUGUGCCCUUAAAGGAACAGUCACUCAUACCGGAGGCAUUGUUUACAGCCUGGAACAUUCUACACAGUGCAUCACUGGAAAUGGGCUGCUAGCAGGGUUCUCGUACCCAGCCAUGGCCUUUCUGUAGCCUCGGAAACCUGCCUUUCCACCAGGGAUGAGUCCCAGCAGCGGAGAAAAGGCAAAUGUAGUCUCAGGAACCCGCUGUUCAAAGGCACACCCUCUGUGCCUGUUAACCAAAGGUUGUAUUUGAUAUCGAGUAUUUGGUCUCAUGCCAUGCCUAACAGGCUUCUGAGAGAAUUGUUUAGUUCUCCCACUCAGGGAUUUCUUUCAGGGAUUUCCAGCCCUAACAUGACCUGUGUAUAUUUUGCUUCACCCACGCAAUGCUGGGUUACUUCAUUUUGCCCGGCUAAAGCCAAAUCGGAGUUAUUUGUAAAUUUGCUCUAUGUUCAUAAUAAAAAUUUAUAUAUCACUGAUA